GGUACAGAUUUAUUUAAAUAUACAGUAGAAUACUUUUCCAAUUGACCAUAAAUGUUGUAAAUAGCAAUAAAUUAUAUUAAAAACUGCAAUGAGAAUAAUUUAUAUUAAUAUAGAGACGAAAAAAGAACAUUCGUAUAGAAAAAAAAGUGUGAGCAAAGUAUUUGUGUUUAUUGAGUCUAGAACUAAAGAUAACUAAAGUUGGGAGUAAAUUAUUAAUGACGAAAUUUAAUUUUAAUAUAUCAAAUUAUUACUUAUUUUUUUCACAUACUAUUAAUCUUUUACUUUUAAAUUAAGAUAAGAUAAUAUAUAUAUAAUCUUUAAUUAAUCAAUUCCUAAUAUGCUUAAUAUAAUUAUAUUGUAUUUAAUUUUUUUUUAUCAAAUUAUUUGUAAUUUUAAUUUAAUCUUAAAUUUCAAACUUUUAUCUUUCUAUUUUUUGAUUACUAUUACCAUCUUACCUAUAUUAAAAAGCAUUGAAUAUUAAAAAUAUUGCUUAAUCAUAAUUAAAUCGUGCUCGGUGUUAUAACACAGUAUAAAUUUAUUAACUAAAUAUAAUUUUUAAAAAUUGUUAUUAAAAAUUUAAAAAUAUUGAUUUAUAAAUUAUAAAAACUAGUUAACAUAAUAAAAUGAAUAUACUUUUUAUAAUAUUAUUUUUAACAAUUGGAUUUAAUGAAAGUAAUGGAAAACACAUAGUUCCUGACAUAUUUCCACUUGAUAUGGCUCCAAAAGGACCAUUGGAAGAUAAAUUUUUAAAUAUGAUUAAAGAAUUUACAGAUCGUAUGUGUCACGAAAUAACAAGAUUAAAUAUUCCACGAUUGGAUCCAUUUAAUUUGGAGUUUUUUGAUAUUGAUUUCAUACCAAACUUUGAAAUAAAACUAGAAGAUAUAGAAGUUAGUCGUCUGUCAUAUUUAGAAAUUCCGAAAUUAAAAAUUAAUAUGGCAUUUCAAAAAAUUGAUGCAAAAAUUCAACUUGAUAAUUUACAAUUAAUGAGUAACUACAAACUAAAAGGAAAAAUACCUGGUUUAAUGGAUAUUGAUGGUGAAGGAAAACUAAGUGUUGAUAUAGGAGUUACCAUUGAAGUUUUAGUCCAAUUAAAAACAUCUAUAGACAAAAAAUUGUCAAUAAAAAUUCUAAAAUUAGAGCCAAAAUUGAUUGUUAAUAAAUUUAGAAUAACAGGCUUGUUUGAAGACGAAGAAUUGAAUCAAUUUUUUGAAGACAUGAUACAAGAUUUGGCCUCUGAAAUAUUUGAUGAUUUUUGGACUGAAAACGAACAAAUGAUAAUUGAAUUGUUGGAACCGUUCUUAAGUGCACCUUUUGAUGAUUUAACACCAAUGGAACUACUGGCUUUGCUUACAUCAGGAGAACCUAUCUUUAAUGAAACUGAUCCACCACCAAACUGUAAAGAAUCAUCAGUAUUCUUAGAGAACAUUCAGAAAGUUAGAAAAGUAUAAAUUCAAAUCAAAAACUUUGCAAAAUAAUUUUAUUUUAUUCCGAAAUUUUGUGUAAUUAUUUCAAAGAAAUAAAGUUUUUUAAGUAGCCAAAUAUUUCUU